UAAAAUGACAUUCACAUGGCCUUUAUUUAUAUUAUCUUUUGUUUCCAAUAAUGUAUUUUUUUUCAUUGAUAUAUAUCUUAUUCAAUAUAUAGUAUUGCACACUAGGACCCAAGCUAUAUAUGCAAUAUUCAUUGAAGUAAAUCAAAUCAAAUCAAAUCCGGUGAUUAAUAGUUAUGGCGUUGAAUGUUCCUCUUCUGAAAUCUUUGUUGCUUAUUCUUAGCUCAGUGGCUAUCAUUGAAGCUGCUACCAUAUUCACCGACGGUAUUAGUCCACCCCUUAACCGUAGCAAUUUUCCAGACGGUUUCAUUUUUGGGACAGCUUCAUCAGCUUACCAGUAUGAAGGUGCGGCAAAUGUUGGUGGCAGGGGACCAAGUAUAUGGGAUACUUAUACUCAUAAUUAUCCAGAAAAGAUAUUGGGCGGAAGUAAUGGAGACGUAGCCAUCGAUGAAUAUCAUCGUUAUAAGGAAGAUGUUGAGAUCAUGAAGAACAUGAACAUGGAUGCUUAUAGAUUCUCCAUCUCUUGGUCUAGAAUAUUACCAAAAGGAAAGCUUAGUAGAGGUGUGAACAUGGAAGGAAUUAAUUAUUACAACAAUCUCAUUAAUGAACUUCUUGACAAAGGACUUCAGCCCUUUGUGACCCUUUUUCAUUGGGACCUUCCUCAAGCACUUGAUGAAGAAUAUGGUGGCUUUUUAAGUCAUAAUAUAGUGAAUGAUUUUCGAGACUAUGCAGAGCUUUGCUUUAAGGAAUUUGGAGACAGGGUAAAAUAUUGGAUCACAUUGAACGAGCCAUGGACAUUGAGCAAAUAUGGUUAUGCUGAUGGAAGGUCAGCACCCGGACGAUGUUCGUCCUGGCAUAACGAAAAUUGUGUUGGUGGUGAUUCAGCCACGGAACCCUAUAUAGUGGCUCACAAUCAGUUAUUUACUCAUGCAACUGCUGUCAAAGUUUACAAAUCGAAAUAUCAGGCAUCUCAAAAGGGCCGGAUAGGGAUAACACUAUCGUGUGAUUGGUUGGUGCCGCUCCUCGAUACAGAAGCAGAUAUUCACGCGACACAAAGAGGCAUUGAUUUUAUACUUGGAUGGUUUCUGGAACCAUUAACCGUAGGAGAUUACCCGAGUUCCAUGCGAUCAUUGGUAGGAAGUCGAUUACCAAAGUUCUCUAAACAUCAGUCCAUGCUCGUAAAAGGGUCCUUUGAUUUUCUUGGAUUAAAUUAUUACACUUCAAAUUAUGCUACUGAUGCACCUGAAUUAAGUGAUGCCAGGCCCAGCUUGCUCACAGAUUCUCAAGUUAUUACCUCAAAUGAACGUAAUGGAAUACCUAUUGGUCCAAAGAGUUCUUCAAUAUGGAUGUCAAUUUAUCCAAAGGGAAUUCAUGACCUGUUGCUGUAUACUAAAACAAAGUACAAUAACCCUUUGAUCUACAUCACUGAAAAUGGUAUAGAUGAACUCAAUGAUCCAACACUCUCACUUGAAGAAGCCCUUGCAGAUACAGCUAGGAUAGAUUACUAUUAUAGUCACUUGUAUUAUCUUCAAACUGCAAUCAAGGAUGGUGUGAAUGUAAAAGGAUAUUUUGCAUGGUCAUUGCUCGACAACUUCGAAUGGAUAUUAGGCUAUAGGGUGAGAACUGGAAUAAACUUUGUAGAUUAUAAAAACGGUUUAAAAAGACAUCCAAAAAUGUCAGCCAACUGGUUUCGGAAUUUCCUACAAAAGAAAAAUGUUACCUAUAGUGAUUUCCGCUAAGAAGGCGAACUUCAUUAAUAUGUGGCUUACAUAUAGCAACAUUGUUCGUCGGUUCUUUUGGCCUAUUGAUGCAUUGUCUCAAGAUAUAAGUUGAUUUUGUAAUGACGAUUCUAAGAUAUAAAAUCAAAUGGAGAUAGAUUAAGAAGAAAAGAAGAGAGAAUUGAACUUAUAACUCAUCUUAUAGAUUAUUACUUCUGAAAUUUAGUCAGAGAUUAUUAGAAUUUGAGAGGCUUAUACUCAACCACAAAAACUAGCUUCAGAGUUGAGGUUUGCACUAACUUAUAAAGACUAUCUUUACCAUAUCUCUAGCCAAUGUGAGACUUCUAACAGAGAUGACAAUAGGAUAUGGGCACAAGGUCCUGCGAAAUGCAAAUAUGUUGUGUAUCCGCCUCAUAUCGAUAUGAGUAUCCGAUGUUUAAAUUUUAAAUGGAUUAGACGAUUAUGUUGAUAUACAAGGGUUUACAUAAAUAUGUAUUAGAUUAUGUAAAGAAAUUAGUAACUUUUGUAAUUCAACCAAGUGAAUAUAACCUAAAACAAACAGAGCACUGUUUUAGUCAUGAUUAUUAUCCGUUAAAAAUAAAAUCAAAACCAAAUCUA